AAGAAGUAGUGGUGGAAUAAACAAGUUGAAAGAAAUGAAAGAAACUGCUAUACCCUAACCACCACCAACUUCAUUUCUUCCAAUUUCUUCAUUGAUUCUGGAGUUUCUAGGCCUUUGCCAAGAAUCAAACGAAUCAGAUUGAGAAAUUUCAAUUCAUCCAUUUCUUUGAAGCUUUAUGAUUAGACACCGAUAGGAAGAGAGGAAUGCCGACUCCAGCAUCUGCGUCAGCGGCUCCGGCGUCGUGGACGUCGGCGUCAUACCAAAGCCGUACUGUGGCCGAGGAACUGAUUGGGCGGUUGAGCUCCAAUUCCGUUUCUUGUGAGGCAAAACUCAAAGCUUUGAGAGACCUGAAGAAUCAGAUCAUCGGGAACCGGACAAAGAAGCUUUCGUUUCUCAAGCUUGGUGCCGUUCCUUGCGUCGUCUCAAUUUUGUCCUCCGCUACGACUGCUGCCGUAGCUGCUGGUGGAAAUGAUGGUUUGGAAUCUACUAUAAUUCAGUCCGCGGCGGUGAUUGGGAGCUUUGCAUGUGGUUUUGAUGCGGGAGUUGAGGCUGUUUUACAGGCCGGAGCUCUUCAGAUUUUGUUGAGUUUGAUUUCUUACCCUAAUGAGAAGGUUGUGGAUGCUGUUGCUCGUUCUCUUAAAUUGAUAUAUCAGUCAAAGUUGGGUCCGAAGUAUGAUUGUCUAAAAAGUAUUGAGUUUCUCCUUUCACUAUUAAACAGUGAGAAUGAGAAUGUUUCUGGACUUGGUGCUAGCAUUAUUGCACAUUCCUGCCAGUCAAGUAUGGAGCAGAAUGCAUUAGGUGAUGCUGGAGUCAUAUCGAAGCUCAUUAAUCUUCUAGGGGGCUCACCAAUCCAGAAAGAUUCUAGUUUAGAAUCUCUGGCAGCCAUUUUAAAGGAAAAUUCAGAAGUCAUUUUAAAGUUUGUGGGACCUGAAAAUGGACCAGCACUGAAUGUUGUUACUGAAUUGACAAAGGACAAACAUCCCAGAACAAGGUUGCUUGCUUGCUCGUGUUUGAUUGUAAUAAGAAAUGCUUUGCCUUCCUAUCUUCAAGAUGUUCGAAUCAAGACAAAGUUGGUUCUAGUUUUGCUUGAACUUCUUGACGUUCCUGGUCAAGUUGGGGAUGAAAGUCCGUUUGUUUUGUCUAGUUUAAUUGUGGGAAAGGAGGACAUGCAGAAGUUAGCAUUUCAAGAACAUGCUAUUGAUAAACUUUGCAGCCACUUAGAAAAAGGUUCACUACAACCGAAGCACAUAGAAGGGAUAUUCUUGGCAUUGGCUGAUAUGUGCUCACAGUUGGAAUCUUGCCGUACCAGGCUUCUUUCUUUAAAGGCUUUGAAAUUUGUCACCGAUUCCAUGAAUCAUGAUUGUGCUGAAGUGCGUGCUGCGGCCUGCAUUUGUUUAGGAAAUGUUUCCCGGUCAGUCGAGAAUCUUAGUGCAGGUACAUUUGCUAAUGAAGCUGUCAUCAAUCCUUUAGUUCAACUUUUGAGUGACACCUCAACUUCUGUUCAGGUUGCCUCCAUUAAAGCUAUCAGCAACAUUGUGCUUGAUUUUACCUUGCAAAAGUCGACAGUUAUCAAAUGCGGAGCUUUAAAACAGCUUGUUGAGCUAUCAAAGUCGAUGGAUUCAACUAUACGGGCAAAUGCCGUCUGUGCUUUGAGGAACUUGACGUUCCUUGUCAGUGAUAGGUGUAAAGAAGAACUGCUUUUGGAACUAACUCAAUCAACUUUAUUAAGCCUAGUUUCUGAUCCUGAGCCUUCUGUUCAAGAGCAAGCAUUGGCCCUUAUUCGUAAUCUUGUUGAUGGUUCCAUAGAUAGCAUUGAACAUGUCUUUGCUGAGGACAGUGUGAUAUUGCAUGCAGUUAUUAGGCAGAUGCAAAAUGCUUCAAAAGUUGAAGUUUUAAUACAGGGUAUGUAUAUUCUGACCAAUGUGGCAUCUGGUAACGAGCUGCACAAAGAAGCGGUCAUGAAUCAACUUUUCCCCGAACAACUGGGAAGCACUCAAUCUAUUGUGUUCAAGUCCUUGCAGAGUAGUGACAGCCGAUUACGCACUGUGGCUGCUUGGGCUCUGGUUAAUCUCACGCUACCUAGCAGCUCGGGUGCAUUAAAGCGGGUUACAAGACUUAGGAUGGCUGGCAUAGAUUCCUACUUGAAGAAUGUUAUCAAUGAUCCUUGCUUAGAUGUGAAGCUUCGUGCUAGGACGGCACUUACUCAAAUGAUGGCUUUUGGUGAUGGCUCUUCAUGAUAUUUAACAUUCUAGAAAUGAAAACGAGGAUUCGGAACUAAGGUGGUGCUUGGGCUUCACUUGUGUAACAUGUUAUCUUAGUCAAGGUGUCUACAGACUGUUAAUAUGGAUGUUCUAGUUGGAAAGCACUGACAGCAGCUGCCGAAGUUGUCAGGGAUGAAGUGCUCAUUUUGAUUACGUGAGUGAGAGCAGUAACCAUCUUUACUCUUUCAUGAAGAUGCAUUUCUCUGUUUUAAAAGAGAAAAACACCACGAAUCUUUGUAAAAGCUUUCUGAAUAUAAAACAAAUUCUCUUUCUCUUAGUCCUAUGAGUUGUCUUUGAAAAACUGCCCUAUGUUAAACCUUCAAUUUGCAGGUCCAAUGCAUGGAUAUUGGUUUUUCCUGCUGAGGAGCAUCGUGGGAGCUUGCUUGACUUGCAAUUAUUGGAAGCGGGUCAUCAAUCAAAUUUUGUUACGAGUGUAUGAUGAGUUAGAGGAUUUUUGCUUUCUUUUAUGCCCCCUAGUGCUGUCCCAAUUGUGGAGCCCCUGAGUUCAAUAGACCUCCCCCCACUAUGGUAUCUUCCAUCCUGGAAUGCCAGAAUUCUUUGUCAAAACAACACCAUCGAAGCAGAAUUGCUUUCGCUUUGUUGUAAGAGUUGGACGUGCCGGAUUUCCUGGCUGCUGAGACUAUCCGAGGAGAAGUACUUUUUUCUUGCUCCUCUUUCUCACCGCUCUACAAGAGAGUUGAAAUGGCUGUAAACAUUGUACUGUACAUUGCUUUCCCUUUGUUGUAUGCUGGAUUUUUUGACUGCUGAGAUUGUAGGAGGAAAAGUACAUUAACUUGCUCCUCUUUUUACUAGAUGGGUAUGUGGAGUUGAAAUGGUUUGUAAGCAUCGUAAUGUGUUUCUAACGGAACUGCAAAUUGCAGGACUAGAAAACAUUGUAGUGUGUUUUAACUGAACUGCAAAUUGCAGAAUCAAAGGUCAUACAUGUUAAUAGGAAUUGAAGUUGAGAUUCUGUUAAUAUUGCACCUUUUCUAGAUCAAUGUUUUUUUUCCCUCCUUUUUGUUUGGGUUCAAAUGGAUGAUGAAUUGAGAG